CAACCCACCCGAUCUCGCAGCCGGAGUAGAGCACUAGAGCUAUUAUAUACAUAUACUGGGUACCUACAUGUACUUUAUCUCCGCAGACGACGAAGAUCAACAACGGUAGCGAUAACGAUGAGAACUGCUCUUAGAACUCUAAGAACACUUACAUCUCGAAGCUUAUCUUCAGCUACCACCAAUAAUAACUUCACCCCUCUCAUCCAAUCCCCCCUCUUCCGCACCAUGGCCACAUCCAACGCCCCCGUGCUCAAGCAGCCCAUCAAGCUGGCCUGCAUCCAGCUCGCCAGCGGUCCCGACAAGGCCGCCAACCUAGCCCAUGCGCGCGACAAGGUCGUCGAGGCAGCCCAGGCCGGCGCCAAACUGAUCGUCUUGCCCGAGUGCUUCAACUCCCCCUACGGGUGCGACUACUUCCCCUCCUACGCCGAGACCCUCCUCCCCGGCCCCCCUUCCCCCACCCAGUCCCCGUCUUACCACGCCCUCUCCGCCAUGGCCGCCGAGGCCAAGGCCUUCCUCGUCGGCGGCUCCAUCCCGGAAGCGGACCCGGACCCGGCGUCGAAAAAGUACUACAACACGUCGCUGGUCUUCGGCCCGGACGGCGCGCUGCUCGCGAGCCACCGCAAGGUGCACCUGUUCGACAUCGACAUCCCGGGGAAGAUCACGUUCCGCGAGAGCGAGGUGCUGCACCCGGGGAACAAGGUCACGCUCGUCGAGCUGCCGGGGUACGGCAGGAUCGCCGUCGCCAUCUGCUACGACGUGCGGUUCCCCGAGCUCGCGACGAUCGCGGCGCGGCGCGGCGCCUUCGCGCUCGUCUACCCCGGCGCGUUCAACCUCACGACGGGCCCGCUGCACUGGGAGCUCCAGGCGCGCGCGCGCGCCGUCGAUAACCAGCUCUAUGUCGCGCUGUGCAGCCCCGCGAGGGACACGGGCGCGUCGUACCAUGCUUGGGGGCACAGUCUGAUCGUUGAUCCGAUGGCGAGGGUGCUGGUGGAGGCGGAUGAGGGGGAGGGGGUGGUGGCGUGGGAGCUGGAUGGGAAGGUCGUCGAGGAGACGAGGAGGAAUAUCCCGCUUACGGCGCAGAGGCGGUUCGAUGUUUACCCCGAUGUCAAUGAGGGGAAGAUUCGCUUCGACGAAUGAUUGAGUCGAGUCGGUUGCGUGGCUGUGGAUGGUUGAUGAUAUUCUACUAAAGAUGCCCGCCUACCCCCGGGUCCCGGGUACAUAGGUAUAUAUCUACAACUUGUACUAAUCAAUUUCAAAUAAUACGGCGUGUUAUACUUGUUCAAGUUAUUACUUCCAACUACAUACCUAAGUAUAAGGUUAGGUUAGAUGGAGACCACCGGCGUACUGCACAUUAUCUACCUAGCACCUCUCUUCAACAAUGCCUAAGUAUUCUUUGUUCGACAACACAGAAAGGGGCUAGUAAGAAACAUGGCUGCACGUCUCAGUCUAUUUCAUCUGG